AUGGCCGCUGAAGCAGCUCACGUGAUGCUGCAGAGCGUCUUCGAUGGAUGCAUCGCCUUCUUCGACAACGAGAUCCGGCGGCGCCCCUACCACCGGAACUGCAGCUGCGCCUUGCACCAAUCCGGCGGCCUCCCCAAGGACCUCCCUUGCAACACCAAGGUGUCCUACCCCAUCCGCCGAUCGUGGGGAGCUUCCGUCGCGUCUUCGCGGAUGUUGGCCGGUCACUCCGCCGACGGCCAAGGGUUUCUUAAAAAAAGAGAAGAGUCUCUCAAUUGGUCCCUAUCAGGAGUGGCAAAUGGCCACCUGGAUGAUGCAAGUAAUAUUGAUCCUAUGUGA